UUCCUCCCUCCACACUGCUGCAGCAAACAAAAACCGGGAUGGAAAAGUCACUGCUAGCUCUGGCUCUCAUCCUCCUGGGAGGCUUCCUGGUGACGAGCGAUGCGACCACCGCCACACCGUCCCUCAACUUCACGUCUGAGGGACGCCGGGGGCCGACGACACCUCCCGGCAGAGUCACGCACAAAGUCAUCGAGAAGGAGGAGGAUGAAGAUGAUGUGAGUGCGACUGAACUAGGCUGUCCUCCAUUGGGCCUGGAGUCCCUGAAGGUGGAUGACACCCAAAUUCAAGCUUCCUCUUUCCAGAGGUUCGGUCUGGGUCCUCACAGGGGCAGACUGAACAUCCAGUCCGGCAUCGAGGACGGGGAUCUGUAUGACGGCGCUUGGUGUGCCGACUACAAAGACCGACACCAGUGGCUGGAGGUGGACGCCCUGCACCUCACUCGCUUCACCGCCGUCAUCCUGCAGGGCCGCAACACCAUCUGGAGGCAAGACUGGGUGGAGACCUACAAAGUCCAGCUGAGCAACGACUCCAUUAGCUGGAAAAGCUGCAUGAAUGGGACGCAAGAAGCGAUAUUUGAAGGCAACAAGGAUCCAGAGAGUCCGGUUCUCGGGGUCCUACCCGUCCCCAUUGUUGCGCGUUACAUACGCAUCAAUCCACAAAGCUGGUUCCAUGAAGGCGACAUCUGCCUCCGAGCUGAGAUUCUCGGAUGCCGCGUCGACGAGCCACAUUCCGCCAAAGACACCGAACCAAAGGAUGCUCUGGAUUUCAGACACCACAACUACAAAGAGAUGAGAAAGUUGAUGAAGAUGGUGUCUGAGGAGUGUCCUGACAUCACGCGUAUCUACACCAUCGGGAAGAGCUACAUGGGCCUCAAACUCUACGUCAUGGAGAUCUCCGAUAAUCCCGGGAAGCAUGAACUUGGUGAGCCCGAGUUCCGCUACGUGGCCGGGAUGCACGGAAAUGAGGUCCUGGGUCGCGAGCUGGUGCUCAACCUCAUGCAGUACAUUUGCCGCGAGUACAAGAAAGGCAACCAACGCAUCGUCCGGCUCGUCACCGAGACUCGGAUCCACCUUCUCCCGUCGAUGAACCCUGACGGAUACGAAGUGGCUUACAAGAAGGGUUCCGAACUAGCCGGCUGGGGUGAGGGACGAUACACUUUUGAAGGAAUAGACCUGAACCACAACUUCCCAGACCUCAACAACAUCAUGUGGGACGCUCAAGAGGAGGCGGAUGACCCAUCCAAAGUGCCCAACCACUACAUUCCCAUCCCGGAAUACUACACCAAAGAGGAUGCUCUCGUUGCUCCAGAGACGCGUGCCGUCAUCAGCUGGAUGCAGGACAUUCCCUUUGUGUUGAGCGCCAACCUGCACGGCGGCGAGCUGGUGGUGACGUACCCCUACGACGGCACCCGGGGCUGGGCGCCCAAGGAGAACACGCCCACCACCGACAACGCCUUCUUCCGUUGGCUUUCCACCGUCUACGCCUCCACCAACCUCGCCAUGGCCAACCCCGAGCGCCGCAUCUGCCACUACGAGGACUUCCAGGCGUACAACAACAUCAUCAAUGGCGGCGCCUGGCACACCGUCCCCGGAAGUAUGAAUGAUUUCAGUUACAUGCACACCAACUGCUUCGAGGUGACGGUGGAACUGUCCUGCGACAAGUUCCCUCACGCCAGCGAGCUUCCCAUGGAGUGGGAGAACAACAAGGAAUCUCUGAUCAUCUACAUGGAGCAGGUCCACCGAGGGAUCAAAGGGGUGGUGAGGGACAAGGAGACCAAAAAAGGAAUAGUCGAUGCCGUGAUCAAGGUGGAGGACCACGGACAUGACAUCAGAUCAGCCGCAGACGGGGACUACUGGCGCCUCCUGAACCCGGGCGAGUACAAGGUGGUGGUUUGGGCCGAGGGCUACUUCCCAUCCAUGCGUCACUGCCACGUGGGGAUGGAGCCCCGCGCUACCGUCUGCGACUUCAGCCUGACCCAGACCCCCGUCCAGAGGCUGAAGGAGAUUCGAGCCAAGGGGGGGAAGAUCCCGCAGGACCUGCAGCUGCGCCUGCGAGCGCUCAGACUGCGGAAACUCCGUGCCAGCACAAAGGCCAUCAACCGGCGUCGGGAGGGCCAGCGGAUGCAGCGGGAGCAGGGGAGGAAGGCUCGAUCCCCUGGAAGAUUAUGAGGUGGACCGGACCGGGAUUUUGUUUGAAGCUAUGAGCCUGUGAAAUUACUAAAAGGGGGGCAAUCACAGGGUCUCUUCACCUCAUUAAAAAUCAAUACUACCUUUAUAAACACAUUAUCACCUGCAGAACCCCAUGGGCGCCAAUACAAGACCUAACCUAACUAUUAGUUAUGGAUCAGUACAAUAACAAUAACAAAUAUUAAUACUUCCCAGUGUCAUAACUCUGCAUUAAUAAGCACGUUUGCAAUACAAGCUCUUGAACUGGAACUCAAUGGCUUGUGUUGGAUGAACUAAAAAUAGAAAACUUUCCGGGCUGCACGGUGGAGAGUGGUUAGCACGCAGACCUCACAGCUUGGAGACCCGGAUUCAAUUCCACCCAUGGCCAUCUCUGUGUGGAGUUUGCAUGUUCUCCCCGUGCAUGCGUGGGUUUUCUCCGGGUACUCCGGUUUCCUCCCACAUUCCAAAAACAUGCUAAGUUAAUUAGCCACUCCAAAUUGUCCAUAGGUAUGAAUGUGAGUGUGAAUGGUUGUUUGUCUAUAUGUGCCCUGUGAUUGGCUGGCCACGAGUCCAGAAGUGGACCCCGCCUCUCGCCCCAAGACAGCUGGGAUAGGCUCCAGCACCCCUGCGACCCUCGUGAGCAUAAGCGGUAGAAAAUGAAUGAAAACUUUCCAUUUUAAUUUAGGAAUUUUGAUCCUGACCUUGGCUUUCACAUGCUAGCAAUGUUCCUAUUGUCGCUUAUUUGUUUUAUUUCAAUCAGCACAUCCAAACUCACAUGAAUCCAAACAUUCCUACUUUGGAACAAUGACGCUAAACCAUUUGAAAACAUCUUGGCGGAUGUGGAAUGUUUCAUUUCAAUGCAAGUAUCAGCUGGUCUGAUGUAGAACUCUGUUAGUCCAACAGGAUCACAUGACUCGGAUAAUAAUCAUGACAAAUAUUGUUGGAAAUGGAGUAAUCUAUGUUGCUGCCACCUAGUGGCCAAAAGGUACAAACAAACCUUUGAAGCCACGGUGCAAAAAAAGCUUUUUAUUUUCGAGUGGGGGCAAGUACCUUUUUUUCUAGUUUCACAGCUGGGAUUAGUUGAUGUGGAAAGUCAUUUUUCCCCACCCCCAACCCCGCCCAGGAUGCAAAUAGUGUGUGUACACACACUUAAAAUAAUUCAUAACACACAGAAAAGCGCAGAACACAUUUUUCUUUUCUUAAAAAAAAAAAAAAAAAAAAAGAAAACAGGUUGGUAGUUAAACGCCAAGUGAAAAUAUUAAGACAC